CUUCUCCUUGCGUUUGGUCCUCGUGCCAGACCCCCCCACGCAGACUUGCCAGACGAGUCUUUACCUUCCUUUUGGUUUCAUACAUUCUUUCGAUCCUCCCCUCGCACUUGCCUCCGUUAAUUCGCCACAUAUCUGAUUUUCUGCAACUAUGGUUGGCUUCAAAUCCCUUUCUCAGGCCGCCGCCGUCAUUACCUUCGCUAAGCUCGCUCGUGCUCAUGGGGCUGUUUCGCUCUUGAACAUCGGUGGCACCGAUUAUUCUGGAUACCUUCCCUACAACGACCCUUACGCCAACCCGGCCGUCGAAAGGAUCGUGAGGCCAUAUUACUCCAACGGACCAGUGGCCGACUUCACCACCAGCAACAUCACCUGCAAUGGUGACGACAGUGCUGCUGCGCUUACCGCCACCGCCAACGCUGGUGACCCGGUUACAUUUUACUGGGAUACUUGGCCGGACUCCCAUAAGGGCCCUACCAUGACCUAUAUGGCCAAGUGCGACACCGAUGAUUGUUCGACCUUCACCGGUCUCGAUGGCAAUGUCUGGUUCAAGAUUGACGAGGCCGGUCUCAACUCGGAUGGUACUUGGGCCUCCGACGAUCUUAUCGCUAACAACAACUCCUGGACAGUAACUAUUCCCUCAGACAUUGCGUCCGGUGGUUAUCUCCUCCGCCACGAGCUCCUCGCUCUGCACUCUGCCAGCUCCGCUCUCGGUGCCCAAUUCUACCCCUCCUGCGCGCAACUCACCGUCUCUGGGUCUGGAUCGGCUACACCCUCGGGCGUGGCACUUCCUGGCGCGUAUGCGACCGACGACCCCGGUAUCUUGAUCAACAUCUACUACCCUACCCCCACCACGUACGCCAUUCCUGGUCCUACGGUGUACUCCGCUGGGGGUUCAACUGGUAGCGCUACCUCUGCCGCCGCGAGCUCCAUCACUUCCUCCGCCGCCAGCACUUCUGCCGCAGCAGCCUCCUCCUCCGCUGCCGCCGUAACGUCUUCCUCCUCGUCUUCUUCUGCUGCCGCCGUCUCCACAUCCGCGGCUGCAGCUGCUUCGUCCAGUGUCGCCACUAGCGCCAGUGCAUGUCCUGCCACGUCUACUGCUACUGCUGCCACCAGCUCGGCGGCCGCUGUGACGAGCUCGAGCGCUGCUGCGGCUGCUACUUCGAGUGCGGUGAUGUCUGCGACGAGCAGUGCCGCGGGUUCGACGGUCACUGCUAUUACUGACGCGAACGUUUGCAUGAAUAACUAUAAUUCCUGUAUCGCCGCCUCUCAGCCUGAUCCCGACUGGACCGGCUGCUCUGCGACGAAAGACACAUGUCUCGAGGGAGCGACUUAUAACCGCCUCAAGAGGAGCAUGAAGUUCAAGCGGGAGCAUGCGAACACGAAGAGGAAUUGGAGCUCAAGGGCUUGGAUGUGAUGGAUACGCUCCAGGACUUGUUAUACCAUAUGGGGUUGCCGAAGGGGAGCGGAUGGAACAUAGGAGUCUACAUGAUAAGAACGUAAUAUAUUGCCAUUUCACUUUAACAUGCUCGGGACUCUACUACUAUUUUGGCAUUUUCCUCGACCAUAUGUUUAAAUAGGGAUUACAAACUCUCACUGGUUCUUCAGUGGAUAUAAGGCGGGCCGGUCC